UAGGACCUGGGAGCGUACUCUUUGUCAAGAGGGCGGAUGCCGGCUGGAGGUGGAGAACAUUCAGGCUGAGUGAUAGAAAGAGACUCCAGCGACAAGAGCAAUGCGAGAUCAAGGAUACAGCUAAGGCAGUGAGAUAAGGGAUUCCAGGUUAAAUAAAAAGACGGUUUACUGAUUCUUGAUUCAGUCUACAAGAAGACAUUCCAUGAACAUGUCAGUCCUGGCUUUGCAAGAAUACGAAUUUGAAAGACAGUUUAACGAGAAUGAAGCCAUUCAGUGGAUGCAAGAAAACUGGAAGAAGUCAUUCUUGUUCUCUGCUCUCUACGCUGCCUUUAUAUUUGGUGGCAGACACUUGAUGAAACAGCGCGAAAAGUUUGAAUUACGAAAACCUCUAGUGCUCUGGUCAAUGAGCCUUGCAGUCUUUAGUAUUUUUGGUGCUGCCCGCACAGGAGGAUAUAUGGUGUAUAUCCUGAUGACCAAAGGGCUAAAGCAGUCCGUUUGUGAUCAGAGUUUCUACAAUGGACCAGUCAGCAAAUUCUGGGCUUAUGCAUUUGUGCUAAGCAAGGCUCCUGAGCUAGGAGACACAAUCUUCAUUAUACUGAGGAAACAGAAGCUCAUCUUCCUGCACUGGUACCACCACAUCACUGUGCUCCUCUACUCCUGGUACUCGUACAAGGACAUGGUGGCCGGAGGGGGCUGGUUCAUGACAAUAAACUACCUGGUGCAUGCAGUCAUGUACUCCUACUACGCCUUGCGAGCAGCUGGCUUCCGGGUGUCCCGCAAGUUCGCCAUGAUCAUCACCCUCACGCAGAUCACCCAGAUGGUGGUGGGCUGCGUAGUCAACUACCUGGUCUUCUCCUGGAUGCAGCAAGGGCAGUGUCCGUCACACGUGCAGAACAUUGUGUGGUCCUCCCUCAUGUACCUCAGCUACUUUGUGCUCUUCUGCCAGUUCUUCUUUGAGGCAUAUGUCCACAAGAGCAAAAAAAACACAGGCAAGGUUGAGUAGAACUGAGGAAAAGGACCCAAGCCAUAGCUCAUUGGCUGGAGGUGAAUGACGCAGCACAGGGAGGGAGGGAGGGAGGAGGGGGGUGGUUGAGUGUUGUCGUUAAAGUGGGGUGUGGAACCAUAUCUGCCAAAGCUUACACAUCACAGCCUGCCCAACAGCAAGCUUGGUUUAACCCAAUAAAUGUGUGAACCUUUACUUUUCAAGGUUUAAGGACUCUCUUGUGUUAUCUACACUAAAAAAUGAUGAGCAAAUAAUGGAUCAAUAAUGAAGGAUGCUUACAAUAGUACCUAAUGCACUAGCGCUGCAAAUUAAUGAAAAGUAAUGAAAUUAUCCAUUAGGGGGAGGGGAUUUCUGAUGCAAUUUUUAUUUUGUUUCCAUUCCUCCCCUCCCCCUGUGUAGCGAAUUUUAGAUCUGUCGAAAGAAAUAUAGGUAAUGACACAUAUAAGUGAGGUACAUUUACGUUUACAUGCUUUUGCAUCUACACCGGAACCCUUCUGACGUAAAUUGUGUGGAAAUAUUGAAAGGCAAUGUGAUUUAUUAUUGAAAACUUCUUAAUCUUCAUCAAAUUAGGUCUAUUACUUUGGAGAUCUUCAGCAAUAUUGUCUAUUUUCAACACAUUUGUAGUAUUGAUUUUAAUCUGACUAAAAUAUUGAUAUUAAACUGCGUUAUCCCUUUUAAAGGUAUUUUAAGCUGUAUGAUCAAAAUAACAUAACCAAUAAUGAAGAUAUUCUCAAAUUGAAAUUAUCCCAAAAGUGAAACCACCAUUUACUACUGCGGCAUCUGCCUUUUUUUUCUUUUCUUUUUACUUAUCUGCUUCAUUUACAGUUACACAACACGUGGAAGUAAUGGGCUUUCAAACAGACAUUAUAGUCCACAGAGUUCAAAGACACUCGCUUGCCAUACUAUAGUAUAUAUGUAAGAUACAGCAAUUGAAUUCCUAUUUGAAGGAAAAAAUCCAGUAUGAAACAAUGCAGAUAAAAAUGUGAGAGGUUAGUGGAACUUCUAACAAAUUGACAGUUCAAUUGACCUUUGUAAAACUAUUCUAAGGUACUGACACUAGAAAGUCAAUAGCACAAAUGGCGAUGAACUGAUAAGCAAUGUAGCCAGCUGUUGUGGUGCUUUUGUUCAUUAUUACUUAAGCCAGAAAUGUGGCUAUACAGUACUUAGAAAACGGUAUUUAGCUUUAAAAUGACCAGCCAAGGAUAACGAAGGAAGGCUAUGCCCUGUUAUUAAAAUAAAUAAAAAUUGUGUGAGGGGGGGUUAUUAGUUAACAUAUCAAAUAUUGUUUGUAGUAAUUCAUACAACCAGAAAUAUUAUCUCAUGCACUGUUUACAUAAAAUUUGUUAGAUGAUGUUUAGGUAGGGAGUAUGCAAAACACUGAUUCCACUGUUUAAGUGGGGGAAACUUUACAAUCUUUUAUUGUAUUUUUAAUUUCACUCUACAUAAGAGCCUUCCGAUACAUAGUUAUUCACGGGACAGAGCCCUUCUUUAACCAUACCUAGGUCUGAGCUGAUUUAUUUUUGUCUAAUUUACAUGAACUGUCAAACGAGUACAUUAGUUUGUGCACCUUCAAAAAGUCAUACACCCUUGAGGUAGAUGAAAUCCAUGGUUAGUUUGUUAGUUGGGUAGCAGCUUGGGUCUGCUGAAUCUAAAUACAGCGAACCAUAUCUGCUAAUGAAAGAAACUUCCACCCUUGGUAGCAUCCUAGAGUUUAACCUCAUAGUUCAAGAAACCAAAAAAGUACAGUCGUUUCCUAAUGUUGUGAUCCGCUUUUAUGAUGUGAUUACUUGAUGUAAAUGUUGUUAAGAGGUUAGAGAUCAUAAACCUGUUGUAUUUAUUAAGAGCAAAUGUUUAGCCAUUUUAAAUAGAAAAAAUUAUUAAAUAAUUAUUAUACAAUACUAUUCUUUACAGUGAAGUGCAUAGGAAAUCAGCAUAAUAGAAGUACAUACAAAUCAGGAUAUUGUAUGUAACCUAUGAAUAGAAAUUUGCUCAAAGAACAUAUAUAUUAUCUUGAAUCAACUGUACAUUUUUAAGAAAUGUUUGCAAACAACAAUUCUAGAGGGACAUAAUGUGCUGCUAUAAGAUAUAUUUUACAUUGGAGGCUUUAUAAAAAGAUACAAGGACUGGGUGAUUUAGACUGAUUCAUUGAUUGAUUCCACUGAUUUUAAAAAGGGACGUGUAAAACACCAUAUGAAAAAUGAAAUUAUAUAUGGUAUUAGUUUAAUAAGAAUGUCAGUCAGAUUAUUGCUAGCCUGUGAAUUUUCCAGCACGCUAACAAUUUAUGAAUACUGCUCAUGGAGAACUGUUUGAGAGGCUCGGUCUGUCAGUAGCACUGUGGCCAUCCAUGCGAAGACGGGAUGUGUUUGUACAUUAGAAGACAAUGUAUUGCAUUAUUUGAAAGUAUUCUGAAAGCACCGUAUUAUUAAUCAUUGUCCAUUACAGGCAAACCAGUUGUGAUUAGCUGUGUACUACAGCACUGAAUUAAUGAGGUAAUACAGUAACUAUAUUUUAUAAAGAGAUUUUGUGUGUGUGUGUGUGUGCACAACCCAAUCUCACUGGAUGCUUUUUCAUUCACAAGGAGAGCACUGUACUAUGCUGUAGCAUUCUAUGUUGUCAAAGUUUUUGCUGACGAUUGCUUUUUUACAGGAACCUUGUAACAGUUAUGUCGGCGCGUACAGAAAAGUUCCCUGCUUACCUCUCAAACAGUCACCCACACAAACCUGUGAUGUGGCAGCUGUUAAAUAUUGCACUCACUGUUUACCCAUUUGUUCAGGCUAAUUGUGUCUUUGCUUUGUCUGUUUCACUUUGUUCUGUGUAUUAGCUGCAGAUUCAGCAUAGUAAUGGAUUAGCACCCGUGUUUACCUGUAGACAUUGAAUUCUGCGUGUCUGCCUGUAUCAUUAAAAUACAUUCUCAAAUAACACAAAAGAUUUUGUGUUGAUUCCCUCAAAAUUGUAUUUUAAUGCUAUAGUCAUUAUUGUCGAUACUGGGAGAAGAAAAAAGCUUGCCAAUAAGAACCUACAGCGCCACCAUGGGAAGCCAGGAAGGCACUGAUUCAACGUGAAUAUUGAAGGCGAUUUCAAAUAUGUGCCUCAGUAAUAGCUGCCUCUAAUUCUGCAACACAUUCUCUUCUCCAUAAAGCCUCAUUCAGUCAUGACCUUUUAGACAGCACAGAUUGCUGAUGUUUCACUAGGAAUAUUCUUGGAUAUCAAAGCGUUUACCAAGCGGGUUACACAAGACAUGUCGGGAACGGGACUUUGCAGUCUACUUUAAUCCAAGAUGUUUAGUUUAUACUGGCAUACAUUUUACAGCAGUUCACACGCACAUGGUCUCGCACACGGCAGGUGGUUUUGUUUGAUUGAGUGUUCCGUGCAAGUUACUGCAAAACUGAACACAACUCAAAGAGGCAGUUCGAUCAAUAUACAGAAAAUGUCGAUGCAAUAGAGGUAGAUACAUAAAUAAUUUAAGUCUAGCUUAUUGGAACUUAUUGUAUGUAUCAUUAGAUGCAUUAGUGUUGUAAAAUAUCAUAACAGUCUUCUUGAUUUUAGUUCUAAUAACCCUUGAAUCCCCAUAUAAAGGGUGUGCCCCCUUGUUCUGAGUUAGGGGAGUGGUAUAAUUUAAGGCUUGCUGAAAAAGAAUGCCAAAAGAAUAAACUUUGAAUCGAAAUGUAUUUUACUACGUUAAUUGCUGAAUGGUUCUUGCAAAAUAAUCAAUUUUGACUCUAAAAGGAUACAUAUUUGCAACAACAUUUGCGUAUAGAAUUUGGAUCAUGAAACCAAAAAGGCAAGAAACUCACAUAUUAAGUUACUCGAUAAUUGCUGUAUACUAUUAGUACACUGAUUAAUUUUGGAAGUUCUUUGAAUUUUCCAGUAUACACACUGAAAAAAAAAAGUUGAGUCAGAACUCUUGUCAUUGAAUUAAUUUAGUUUGUUUUAGUUUUUUUUUAUUUUAAUUUAGCACUAUUGAGUGCUUUAUAGUUAUGGAUGAAAUUGCUGUUUUUCACAAAAUAAAAAUAAAAACAACCAGAAUGCUAGA